AUGUCUCUAUACAAAUUAAUUACGCCAGAAGCCUUCCAUAAGUUGGUACAAAGUGAGACUGGUCGUCGUGUAAUAGCUGUCGAUGCGUCAUGGAUCCCUACAGAAAGCCAUGUUGAUACUAAGAAUGAUUUUCUAAAGAAGGAGAGGAUUCCAAAUGCUGUGUUCUUUGAUAUUGAUAAGGUUAAAACCGAUUCGAAGUACCCGCACAUGAUGCCUACGUUGGACAUCUUCAACAGGGAAAUGAGCAAAUUGGGUCUACUUAGGGAUGAUAUAUUGCUUGUUUAUGAUAGAUUGGAGAACUUCAGCGCUUCUCGUUGUGCUUUGACCUUUGGAAUCUUUGGGCAUCCUCUGGUAUAUUUGCUCACGAGUUAUAGUAAAUACAAAGAAGCUAAUUUCCCAAUUGACACGAAAGAGGUCAAUGAUUUUACGCCAUUUCCAAAAUCAAAAUACGUCAGCGAUGUUGAUUUGAGGGACCAGGAAAUCAUUAGCUUUGAAACGCUACAUAAUUUGGUAAAGACUGGUGAAAUUAAGAACUACAACUUUUUUGAUGCUAGAGUGUACGAAAGAUAUGCUGGUAAAGUUGCUGAACCUAGGCCAGGUUUACGGUCAGGGCAUGUCCCCGGUGCGAGUUCGUUGCCUUUCAAGGAUGUGUUGGUAGAUGGUGAGCUAUCAUCUGAUGCUCUCACAUUACAAAGCCUACUUCAGAAAAGCUUUAAAGAGCGUGGAACUUCAAUUGACGAGACAAAACCUACUAUAGUUAUGUGUGCCUCAGGAGUGACGGCUUGCAUUAUCAAAACAGCUAUUGAGGUGGCCGGUUACGGCAAAGCUAAACUUUAUGACGGUUCCUGGACUGAAUGGGCAUUAAGGACAGGUCCCGAAGAGACAGAGACGUCAAGUAAUUAG